UGGCAGUCACAACUUCACCCAACUCAACCCAGCUCAACCCAGCUCGAUUCUCCCUCUCAUUUCUCACCACCAGAUUCCCCGUGGAUGCCGGGUGCACUUCCUCCUCACUGCCUUCCUGCCUUGGGUGGGAUGUCAUCCAUCGUGACUGCUCCCCCCCCACCUCCCCACCUGAAACAAUGGACGAGGUGAAUGGUUAAUCAGCGGGCCCCCUCAAGCAGACCCUCCCUCGGCUCGCUUCCCCGCUGAGACCAUCUCAUCCAUCCCAGAGCUAACUACUUCUUCCACCCUUCCUAAGCCAAUUCCUCCCUCGCUCGCCCGAUCCAAACGAUGCCUCCCGUCUUCCCGAACCCCGAGCGCCGUCGGGUGAUUCUCUACCACCAGACCAUCUGCCCCGACGGCCAGUAUGUCUCCAUGCUGCCGCUGCUGGAGAACAAGACCGGUGUCACCCACAUCAUCCUGGCUGCUUUCCACCUGAACGCCGACCCUCAGCACAUCACCCUCAACAACGACCCGCCCCAGCAUGAGAUGUACAAUACGUUGUGGGCCGAGGUGCCCCGCAUGAAGCAGGCCGGGGUGCGCAUUAUGGGGAUGCUCGGGGGCGCGGCCCAGGGCUCUUUCCGGUCCCUGGACGGCGACCAGGAGAAGUUCGAGCUAUACUACCAGCCCCUGCGGGACAUGGUACGGCGCCACCAGCUGGACGGGCUCGACCUGGACGUGGAGGAGGAGAUGUCGUUGGCGGGCGUCAUCCGGCUGAUCGACCGCCUCAAGGCGGACAUGGGCGACGGGUUUAUUAUCACACUGGCCCCGGUCGCGGCGGCCCUGUUGGGGCUGGGCAACCUUUCGGGCUUCAGCUAUUUUAGCCUGGAACAGCAGAGAGCGUCCAAGAUCAGCUGGUACAACGCGCAGUUCUACAACGGCUGGGGGCAGGCGGAAGACCCGCGGAUGUAUGCGGCCAUGAUCUCACAGGGCUGGUCCCCGAAUCGGGUGGUAUACGGGCUGUUGACGAAUCCAGGCAAUGGGUCGCAGGGCUACGUGGCCCCCGAGAAGAUCGGGCCGGUCCUGGCGGCGCUGGUGGCGCGGUACCCGGAUUUCGGCGGAGUCAUGGGCUGGGAGUACUUCAACUCGAAGCCGGGGGAUCGCGAGAAGCCGUGGCAGUGGGCGGCGGAGAUGACGCUGAGCAUGCGCAUGAAGGACUUGGUGGAUAUCCCCGGUCACCACUUCCCACCCCUGAUCUUCACCCUGUUGGCCGUGUAUCUGGCCGCGUUGGUGUCGCUCCCUCGGCCGGCCGAUGAGAGCUCCUCCGAUCAGCCCCCUCAGGGUGUGCUCAAGACCCUGUUGACGGGGCUGCCCUCCGCUCGGUUGCCCUUGUCAACCCGACUGACGGUCCUGAUCAACAUCGCCCUCGGACUGCUCGCGCUGGACUUUGUGGUCCGAGGCUUUCUUGUCUACCCCAGCACUGAUAUCGCCUUUUCUCGCGUCGGCUAUGUCUCUCCUACCACGGCGAACCUGUUGGUUCGCGAGCCCGAUCCCGCCCAGCUGCCCUUGGCUGUCUUCUACCAGCAAGCAGAGGAGGAUCCCUCGCAAUGGACGGAAGAAGGCAUCAUCUACUCCCUCGAUGACACGACGGAUUUUACCACCACAGUCACCAUCAGGAGCCUCGAGCCGUCGUCCCUGUACCGCUACUCCCUGUCCAACAACCAAACGGGCUCCUUCACCACCGCUCCGAUGCCCGGGUCGAAAGCAGCCAACCGGGUCAGCUUCCUGACCUCGAGCUGCAUCAAGGCGAACUUCCCUUACAACCCAUUAUCGCAUCCCCUCCGGAUCCCGGGGAUCGAGAAGAUGACUGAGGCCAUCACUCGCCUGCCAUCUCUGCUCCGACCAUCCUUCAUGAUGUUCCUGGGCGACUUCAUCUACGUGGACGUCCCUCAGCGCUUCGGAUCGUCCAUCUCCCACUACCGCAGCGAGUACCGCCGGGUGUACAACUCCCCCUCAUGGACCCAGUCCCAGGACAACCCAGCCAUCGACCUCCCCUGGAUCCACACGCUGGACGACCAUGAGAUCGAGAACGACUGGUCCAAGGGCAACACCACCGCGCCGUAUCCCGCCGCGGCGGAGCCCUACAUCCACUACCACGUCAGCGCCAACCCUCCCAUCCCAGCGACUCCCUUCGCGAAGCCCGAAAACACGACAUACUUCUCCUUCAUCAACGGACCCGCCUCGUUCUUCAUGGUCGACACGCGCACCUACCGCUCCGCGCCCGCGCAGCCCGACUCCACCAUCCUGGGGUCCGCCCAGCUCCAAUCCCUCCUCGCCUUCCUCUCCCGGCCCGAACCGGCCGAGGUCCGCUGGAAGCUCAUCGCAUCCAGCGUGCCCUUCACGAAGAACUGGCCUGUCGGCACGACUGACACAUGGGGCGGAUUCCUGAACGAACGCCAAGUCGUCUUCGACGCCAUGUGGCGCGCCGAGCGCGAGCUCGGCGUCCGCGUCGUCCUCCUCAGCGGCGACCGCCACGAGUUCGGAGCCACUCGCUUCCCGGACCCAGCACUCGCUCUCACAGCGGACGAACUCUCCCCCAACACCGCCGGUGAAGGCCUGCACGAGUUCUGCGUCGGGCCCCUCAACAUGUUCUACCUCCCCAUCCGCACCUACCGACAAAAGGACACCGAAGACGUCGCCAUCAAAUACAUCCCCGAAGGCAACACCAAAUUCGGCCUGAUCGACAUCGACGUCCAGGACGAAGUCAUCGACACCACCAAGUCCGGCGCCACCAUCACCAUCCCCAGCUCUGUCCUCACCUACUCCCUCUACAUCGACUCAGACCUCGUCUGGCAAUACUCCCUCAGCGUGCCUCUCCCGGGCUACGAAGACAAGAUCGCUUCUGUUGCUGCCUGGAAACAUCCCCGCUUCCCCCCCGGAAAGCUCCUCCUGGAUACCCGCGAGGCAGAGAGCUGGGACGCCUACGCUAGGCGGGCCAUCGGGGAAGUCACAGAUAAGGUAGACUGGCUGCGUUCGCAGGCAUUUGGGCUGCUCGAGAGGGUUAGCCGCGUGGAGAGACUGGAUUGA